UAAGUAAGGUAGUGGUGUUGGUACAUCCAUAGGUACUUGUCGACAGGCUAGUCCAGACUCGAGAUCGACUACACACUAGAUUCCUGGAUUACACACGACAUGAGGGUAACAAGAUGACCGGUAGACCUAUAGUACGGCGAAAGACGUCGUCAAGCCAAUUCCUAAAUACAUUCUCACGAGGAACCCCACCGACGAGCUACAGCUACCGAGAUCGAGAGACCCUGCCUUCCCCCUUCCCGACGGACUCCCAGUCAGAUACGCAUUCGUUGUAUGAUGCACCCAAUCCAUCGCCGAACAAAGAAUCUGGGGGUGUAGGCGUUAGGGGAAAAAGGGAUUCGGCCAGUGGGUCAGGGUCGGGUGGGGGUCAAGGGAUCGUGAUCUCGGGGCCGGAUAGCUUGGCGGCUUUAGUGGACAAACGGACGGCAUCAUGGUGGUACCUCCGGAGAGCUCACGACGGCAAUGAACUCUGGUUCCAUACAAUUCAAGUGACAAGAGCGGACAUCGAGUCUCACCUGGAUACCACGCUCGGUCAAUUGAAAUCUCAACAAAGGUGCAAACAGCUCUUCAUCCUCGGACUAUCCUUAUCUCCGUUGUUCGAGAUCAGCCCGGCCAUAGACUUGUUACGGACGGGGAACAAGAUCUUGGACGAAUGGGAAGCAUGGGCGGAAGGUGGAGGUGGGAAGGGGAUGAAGAACCUAUUCAGGGGACAAAAGACGAGCAGGAGAGCGGGGUCUGCGAGUGAUUUUGGCGCGGUACAGGAGACGGGCGAGACGGCGUUGGUUUUCGUCAACCUGCCCUUCGCGCCGGAUUAUUUCCAGACGGUCAUCUCGCUCUGCGAAGUCAUCCGUCAAUUAUAUACCAAGAUCGGCUCUCUCCUCGGCCCUCAUGCGACAACCCCGAACCUUUCGGACGUACGUUCAGCAGCGAGAUCACCCGGUCCUAGCGGGAAUUCCAGUCCGAGGGCGUCGACGUUUGCUUCAACCAUGAACAAGAACCGGACGGUCAGCGGGAUGAGCAGCCAGAUGGGUUCGGGCGGGACCAGCUUGCAUGGAGGUGCAGGUGGAUCGUCAAUGUCCAUGUCGAUAGGCGGAAGGGCAGGGUGGGUGACGGGAACAGGGGAACAGAUCAUGAAGCUAGAUCUGAAACUCAAGAAAAUCUUGAACAUGUUUGCCAGGGAGAUGGAAUCCAUCGCUCGGAAAGCGGUAGAUGAAGAACUCGCCUCGCUCUUGCACGGUGAAUCCCGCCGAUCGUUCGGGAUCGGGUCGUCAUUCGGUACGGCAAUAGAUUGAGAGGCCCUCAGAGAGGUCAACUUUUGAGGGUCGAGCCAUGCCCAAUCUGACCACAAGUUGUAGAACGAAUCAUAGAGGUUGUAUGGGAAUUGGACAUGGACGUGAGCCAUAAUUAUAAUGUUUGGCGGACAUGACC